AUGGCCGGCAGCGGGGAGGAGGCAGCGGCGGCGGCGGUGGUGCAGAACAAGAAGGUGGUGCUGAGGAGGCACGUCACCGGGUUCCCCACCGAAGACGACAUGGAGAUCACGGUGGGCACUACCGAGCAGCGUGUGCCGGCGGGCCUGACCGCUGUGCUGAUCAAGAACCUCUACCUGUCCUGCGACCCCUGGAUGCGUGGCCGUAUGAGCAAGCACGACGACGGCGCCACCGUGCCGGUCUCGGACUUUGUGAUCGGAGACGCCAUGGUCAAUUUCGGUGUGGGCAAGGUGAUCGACUCGACGCACCCAGAGUUCAUCGCCGGCGACCUCGUAUGGGGGAUGAGUGGAUGGGAAGAGUACACCCUCGUCACCCAGCCGGAGUCCCUUCACAAGAUCAACCACGCCGACCUGCCGCUCUCCUACUACACGGGCGUUCUUGGCAUGCCGGGGCUGACUGCGUACGCUGGGUUUACCCAGGUCGCCAGGCCAAACAAAGGCGACUUCGUGUUCGUCUCAGCAGCGUCGGGCGCCGUCGGGCAGGUCGUCGGGCAGCUUGCCAAGAUCGCCGGCUGCUACGUGGUCGGCAGCGCCGGCUCCGACGAGAAGGUGAGCCUCCUCAAGACCAAGUUCGGCUACGACGACGCCUUCAACUACAAGUCCGAGACCGACCUCAGCGCCGCGCUCAAGCGGUGCCUCCGCGACGGCAUCGACAUCUACUUCGACAACGUGGGCGGCGCGACACUCGACGCCGCGCUGCUGCACAUGCGCCACGGCGGCAGGGUCGCCGUCUGCGGGAUGAUCUCGCAGUACAACCUGGAGGAGCCAUACGGCGUGCGCAACCUGUACUGCAUCAUCGGCAAGACCAUCUGGGUGGAGGGGUUCAACGUCGGUCGCUUCUUCCAUCUGUACCCGAGGUUCGAGGAGGAGAUGGCUGGGUACAUCAAGGACGGGAAGGUCGCCGUCGUGGAGGACGUCGUCGAGGGCAUUGAAAGCGCACCGGCAGCUCUGAUCGGGUUGUUCUCUGGCAAAAAUGUAGGGAAGCAGUUGGUUGCUAUUGCAAGGGCAUGA